AUGUCUCACGAUCUCCAAGAUGAGGAGGCCAUGACUGCAGAAGUUGAUCGUUACAUGGCACGUGUCUUCGACAACUUGACCUCCGCCGACCCAGUCCCCAUGCCCAAAGAACCAGUCUACACAUUCUCCGUCUCUGCCGUCCCCGUUGGCCACUUCAAAGAAGACCUUCCCGACGAAGUCCCAUCCGCCAACCGCAAGAAAGACGCGAGUGCCUGGCUGAUGGUGAAGCGAGGCGGCGACAAGACUGGGUUCCUCUGGUGUGACACCGAUGGCAAACCCGCGGACAAGAAGUACAUCCAGAUGGCUCCCGGUCUUACCGCCGAAUUUAUUAAGGAGCAGCUGGUGGCAAUGUACAACUUCCAGGAGAUGAAGCUUGUGGAGAAGUACAACUGGGAUAUCAACAUUGCGAUGGGUCGACGAGUAAUUGUCAAGUUCGCGGCUCGGGGAACGGCUGAGCCGCCUGUUGUUGAUGAUGAGGAUCGGCCCGGGCAGUACUUGAAGGAGUAUGUGUUUUGCAAUGAGACGGAUCCUGAGCUGAACUGA